CCACUGCCGAGUGCCGACGACGGACGACGUUUCUGUCGUUCGAUGUUCGAUCUUCGUCCACAGGGAAGGUGAUUUCGUACGUUUAUCAACAUAUUAAUAAAUGUUUUUUUUUUUUAAUAUAACAAACGUUUUUGGCGUUUUACGUUGUCCGUUCCGAUCUCUUACAAAUUCCACAUCGUGCAUUACGCACCAUAGAUAAAGAAGUUCUAUUACGCCCCCGCGAACCGUAAGUCGUAGAGCAACACAUUCCGCUUCGCGCACUCGGUGGAUCGGUCGCAACUCGCCACCAACGCUCCACAAGUGCAACACCCGUCCCGAAGUCGCGGCAACGUGCGCGUUGUCUAUCUCCAUCUCUGUUUUUGUGUGCGCGCGCGCGCGCAUUGCGAUUCGCAUCGAUCAGACGCAGUCCCGUCGUCGUCGCUAGCAUUUGUCAUUCCCGUUUCGCCGUCUGUCCCGACUCUUUUGAAUUUCAAAUAUCGCAACAUUGCGCCGUCUCGCAACAGCAUCAAUAAAGCCGACGACACGGUUCCCGCGACAAGAACGCGACGUGUCUGGAGACUUGUCAAAGAUACCGAUCUUUGGCCAAGUCGUCGGAAGCGAACGAUAUUCGCUAAUCAUUUCAUCGUCAGUCCCGCGUCCCAGAAGGGCGACACCAUUUAUAUGAAGUUUUUCGACACGGUAUCGCCAUCAUUAUCCAGAGCAAGAUCUGGGAGUUGUAAAAAGCUCAUAGAGCCAUUUAUUGGCCCUGCUACAAGGUGCAUGAGUUCUUUAAAAUAUCAAGGUUUUAGUUUUCGAAAUUUGUUGGAACAGGACAUCAAAAUACUGCAGCAACCGACACAGAAAAUCGCAACCAUUCAGGGAAACGUGACGGGUUAUACUUAAUAGGAACAACACAGCUGCAACCAUGGGUAGCUUAAAUGUUAAUCGGAAUGUCAGUGAUGCAUUCUAUCGAUAUAAAAUGCCUAGACUUAUGGCUAAAGUCGAAGGCAAGGGUAAUGGCAUCAAAACCGUAAUUGUCAAUAUGGCUGAAGUAGCUAAGGCUAUUGGAAGACCRGCUACAUAUCCAACUAAGUUCUUUGGCUGUGAACUGGGUGCUCAAACUCAAUUUGAUUUUAAACAUGAUAGAUUCAUUGUAAAUGGAGCUCAUGAUGCUGGCAAACUACAAGAUCUUUUGGAUGGUUUUAUUCGCAAGUAUGUGUUAUGCCCAGAGUGUGAUAAUCCAGAAACUGAAUUGAUGAUCAGUACUAGAAAGGGAACAAUACAUCAGGGUUGUAAGGCUUGUGGUUAUUAUGGUUCUUUGGAAUCCAACCAUAAACUCAAUGCAUACAUAUUGAAAAAUCCGCCAAAUUUAAAUCCAGCAGCCCAAGGGUCAUCUUUAACUGAAGGAAAACGUAACAAACGUUCUAAGAAAAAUGGCGGUGAAAACGGUGAAGGAGGCAGGUCUAGUUCUCCAGAAGAUAACAAUUCAGAAUUGAUAGUUGAAGCUCCAGAAAAAUUAGCUGAAGACGACGGUAAUGAUAAUUGGGCUGUUGAUGUAUCUGAAGCAGCAGUUAGAGCUCGUAUGCAAGAUUUAACUGACGGAGCUAAAGGAUUAACCAUCGAUGAAGAUACUGAUAAGACUGAAAAAGAAAGAAUGGAUAUAUUUUACAACAAGGUUCAGAAAGCACGUGAUUCAGGUUUAAUUUCAGAUUCAGUUACAAUCAAAGAAAUUGUGGCUGAAGCUGAACGUUUAGAAGUAAAGAGCAAAGCUACAUUAGUAUUGGCUGAACUAUUGUUUGAUGAUAAAAUCCAUUUGCAGUUGAAAAAACAUCGUGUCUUGUUCUUACGCUUUUGUCAUGAGGAUCAAAAGGCUCAAAGAUAUCUAUUGGGAGGGAUAGAACAAGUUAUUGGWCUCCAUAAAAGUAGUUUGUUGCCAAAAGUUUCUGCUAUAUUAAAGUUAUUCUACGAUGCUGACAUUUUGGAGGAGUCUAUAUUAUUAGACUGGGCUAGUAAGAUAAGCAAGAAAUAUGUCUCUAAAGAACUUAGUCAGGAAAUACAUAACUAUGCUAAUCAGUUCAUUACAUGGUUACGUGAAGCUGAAGAAGAAGAGGAGAGUGGAGACGAUAGUGAUGAUGAAGUAGAGAUUGAAUAUAAUGACCGUGUGCACACUAGCACAUUAAAAGCAAAACCUGUACCACAAGUUGCUGUCAAAUCCAAUGCUGAUGAUAACGAAGAUGAUGUUGAUAUAGAUGCCAUCUAAAAAUAUAUCUUGAUGGACAGAACGUGCAAAAUUUAAUUUUCCAAAUAAAAUUAGUCACCAAUAUUCUAUAU